UUCCUGCAACAUAUCCUGUACAGCCCAAACUCGGAUUCUUGCGAGGGAAUUAAGUACCAAAACAAAUCCAGGUGAAAAGAAGGCCGUGCAUAGAAUAUCAUGUUUAGAUUUAUGUUAGCUAGUCUAUAAGAAAAUAGUAAUUGCAUAACCCACAGAGUUUUAACGCGUCGAAACCAACACGCUCUGCACACAUUGAUUAUAUUGCUGUUUUUGGCCAAGGUGGGGAAUACAAAGGCUAAAUAGUUUACACCAGAACAAGAUUUGAAUGCAUCCAUUUUACCUGGAAUACGCCGACCAACUUCUUAGCUGAAAUCUCUCUUUUUUGAAGAGCACGUCAAACUGAAGUAUUUCAUGGAUUAUCUGCCUCUACUUCCCAGAUGAAGUUGCCGAGAGCGGGCGAUGGGCUUCGUUGGAUCAUAACUCCGACUGGAGUCCUGUCGCUUUCCUCCUGCUGCUGCUCUGUCUCACUCUGUUCUGUCUCCCUCUCUGACCGUGUCCUCUGUCUGUUGCUGUCGGUGACUCGUUAGUUGUUGAGGAAAGCGCUUGCCUUUAGCCGUGGACAAUGUCUGAGUGCAUGCAUCUCACCCUAUGCAUUUGCAGGAUUGGCGCCUAUACGUGUUUCAGGACACUGUGCUGUAAAGGACAGCCCCCUCCCAGACCAGAGUAUGACCUGGUGUGUAUUGGACUCACAGGUUCUGGGAAGACCAGCCUACUGUCAAGACUCUGCAGUGAAGCCACUGACAACAUUGGGCCAACGACGGGUUUCAGCAUCAAAGCUGUUCCAUUCCAGAAUGCCAUUCUGAACGUGAAAGAGCUCGGAGGAGCGGACUCGAUAAAGAAGUACUGGUCGCGGUACUACCAGGGUUCCCAGGGGGUGGUGUUUGUCCUGGACAGCGCCUCCACAGACGAGGAUCUGGAGAUGGCCAGAACUGAGCUUCACUCUGCCCUGCAGCACCCCCAGCUCUGUACCCUGCCCUUCCUCAUACUGGCCAACCACCAGGACAAACCAGCCGCUCGCACCACACAGGAGAUAAAGAAGUAUUUUGAACUGGAGCCCCUGGCCCGAGGGAAGAGCUGGAUUCUAGAGGGCAGCUCAGUGGACAACAUAGAUGCCGUGAAGCAGAGCUUCACUCAGCUUAUUGAGCUGCUGGAAGACAAGGACCAAGACACAGGCAGGAUAUGAGCCGGGAUGUGCACAUCUACUAGGAACUGCAAAUCCCACAGGAACUACAGACUCCACAUGACCUGCACAUCUAUAGGGAACUACAAAUCCCAGAAGACCUGCCGAGUACAUGAACUACAAUCCCCAUAGGUCCUGUACAUCUACUGGGUACUACGAAACCAACAGGUCGUGCUGAGCUACAGAGACUACAAAUCCCACAGAUCUCACAGGACGUGCUGAGCCACAAGAACUACAAACCCCACACGGCCCUGUUAAACCAUAGGAACUAUAAACCCCACAUCGGUCUAUAGUCGGACCGAACAGGAGCUACAUCAUAGCUACAAAGCCAAUGGGAUGGCAAACCACAAUGGAUUCACCUGAUCCCAGAGGAGUCAUAGAGCAUGGAGUCAUUCCCCGCCACCGAGAAUCUAUGGACCUCCAUGGUUUUCAUGGUAAGAGGAUGGAAAAGUCUACUACGGUUUUCAAGCUGUAGAGACCUAGUGGACUCCACGAAAGAAGGACCCAUUUCAUGUGGGAAAUGCAUCGCCUCCACUCAAAAUAUAUAUCCCUAUUUAAGACUUACAGAACACCAGUUUGACACUAUCUGUAAUGUGUUAUUAUAAUUCUUGUUAUUCACUCACCAUUGUUCUUGUACAUUGAAUGACUGAUAGUUGCACAUUGCUACUAGACUGUCUGUGGUAAGUGAACACGUUUGCGUGACGUUUAGAGUAACUGGGAUACGCUUUAUCUCCUGUAGCACAUUUCUUACAGAGAAUGCAUUUCAACGUGCUUGACAAAUAAAAUAACGAAAGGGGAGAGUUAAGAACGUAAAUAUGUUUUCUGUACAAAUAUACACUGAGUGCACAAAACAUUAGGAACACCGGCUCUUUCCAUGACACAGACUGACCAGGAGAAUCCAGGUGAAAGCUGUGAUCCCUUUAUGAAUCCACUUCCAUCAGUGUGGAUGAAGGAGAGGAGACGGGUUGAAUAAUGAUUUUUAAGCCUUGAGACAACUGAGACAUGGAUUGUGUAUGUGUGCCAGUCAGAGGGUGAAUGGGCAAGACACAAUGUUGAAGUGCCUUUUGACCUGGGUAUGGUAGUAGGUGUGUUUUUCCACACUCAACAGUUUCCCCAUCUAUAUCAAGAAUGAUCCACCAGCCAAAGGACAUCCAGACAACUUGAUACAACUGUGGGAAGCAUUGGAGUCAACAUGGGCCAGCAUCCCUGACGAAUUGAGGCUGUUCUGAGGGCAAACGGGAUUUAACUUAGUAUUAGGAAGGUGUUUGUAAUAUUUUGGACACUCAGUGUAUCAUGCUCAAUAGUGAUUUAUCCCACAACACUUUCUGGUCUGUAACAAAUAGUUUCUACUUCACUGCCUUAAUGUGUUUUAAAAGCCAAACCUUUUUCUAAGUGUCUUCACAAACAAGUGUUGGUUCGAUUUUUUUUUUUUCUCCCUCAACUCCACAACAUCAAUUUGCUGGACGCAGAUAGAGGUGAGACUUAAUUUGAGUUUGAAUUAAAAGCUUUCUCCCACUGUUUUCACCGAAAUGCAUACGGCGUAGAAUUAACUUUAGAUAGUAUGUCGAAGUAUUUGAGUGAUUUGAUAGUCUUGUUACUGAGGGGCGGAACUCCUGCCCCUCUGUGUUUUUAAGAAAAGGUGUAGUAUGCGAUUGGAUGUAGUUUGCACGGCACAGCCAAUGACAUUUAUAUCAGGAUGAAGAUUCUCAAUGAAUAGUACAGAGUCUUCACAGUGAACGGUGUGUUUCGUGUACAGCGAUGAUGUUGCUACUGAAAAUUGAAUGUAAAAAAAAAAAAACACUCCUGUACCUGAGCGAGUCAGCACCCAAUGUUGUCAAUUAGUGCCUCGACGCUGUCAAUCAUCUGCGACUGCUGUUCCCUGCUGAUGACGUCAUCUGUUUGGUUGCUCCGCCCCCCUGGACCUUUGAGAUGACCCGCCUGGUUUCCGCGGUUACCAGACCAGCCGUGUGCCACAGGUGUAGCUCGAGAGUGCUAGAUCUAGGAUACCUGGUGUUUGUUUAGUCUUUUUAGGGCGAAGUAUACCAAUAUUUAAACAUGUUGUAUUUAUAGUAACGUAUCGAUCAAGUGUUUAUACCCUGAUAGCCAAACUCUUCAAGUUGCCUAUUUUCUAAUUCAUUUAUAUCUAUAUCAAGAUCAAUUUGUACAUUUGUUACAGAUGGUUUUGUUAUAAUCUGCAAGGGCAGGCACAUGUCUGUGUUUAUACUGGAAGAUGAAAUUGACAUUUAGCAGUUUUGCUUUACUGGCUUAGUCUAUUCUGAAGGUCUACUGUGUAUAUACAUAAUUUAUGCAUAACUCCACUUGGCAACAUGGACAAUAAAGGCAAAAGAAAAAGGACA